GAUUGCGCCCCCGGUUACACCCGCACCGGUGGAGGGCUCUACCUGGGGCACUGUGAGCUCUGCGAGUGCAACGGGCAUUCGGAGACCUGCCACCCUGAGAGUGGCGCCUGCUCUGGAUGCUUGCACAACACAGCAGGGGAUUUCUGUGACCAAUGCGCCCCAGGUUUCUACGGGGAUGCCACCGCCGGUACCCCCGAGGACUGCCAGCCCUGUGCCUGUCCCCUCCCGGACCCCGAAAACCAGUUCUCCAGGACCUGCGAGAGUCUGGGUGGUGGUGGGUACCGCUGCACCGCCUGUGAGCCAGGCUACGCUGGGCAGUACUGUGAGCGCUGCGCCCCUGGGUACGUGGGUGACCCCACAGUGCGGGGUCAGGCUUGCGUCCCAGCGGGUGUCCAGGUGCCACUGGCCGUCCGUGUCCACCCGCCGCGCACUACGGUGGCCCAGGGCAGUGCCGUCACCCUGCGGUGCCAGGCCACUGGCGACCCCCCAUUCUACUACCACUGGGCCCUCCCUGAGAGUGUCCAGAGCCAGCGACAAGGUGAGGAGCUGCAUUUCGCCAGCAUCCAGCCCUCGGAAGCCGGUGUCUACGUCUGCUCCUGCCGCAACCUCCGGUACACCAAUGCCAGCCGCGCCGAGGUCAUUGUCACCGAGACCCCUGGCAAACCCAUCACCGUCACCGUGGAAGAGAAGCGGGUGCAGCGGGUGAAGCCUGGGGCUGAUGUCACCUUCGUCUGCACCGCCAAGAGCAAGUCGCCCGCCUACACACUGGUGUGGACGCGGCAGAACCACGGGACACUGCCACCCGGCGCCGUGGACUUCAACGGGAUCCUCACCCUGCGCCGCGUGCGGCCUGAGGACGCCGGCGUCUACGUCUGCACCGGCUCCAACAUGUUGGACAUGGACGAGGGCACUGCCACGCUCUACGUCCAGGCCCCCUCAAAAACUCAGAUGUUUUAUGGCCCUGUGGAGUUUAUGGAGGGGCACAGACCAGCUGCCACCGCCGCAGCCCCCACUGCCGCCGUGGAGCCAGCACAGCUGAGUGUGGCACCAGGGCAGCCGGCCGAAUUUCGCUGCGUGGGCACCGGCAGCCCCACACCCACCCUCGAGUGGCUCGGCGCGCUGCCACCACGGGCGGUGGUCCAUGGAGGGACGCUGCGUUUCGGUGCUGUGGAGCCGGCUGAUGAGGGACACUAUGCGUGCCGGGCGCGCAGCAGCGCCGGGCAGCACACAGCAAGGGCCUUCCUCCAUGUGCAAGCCCCUGGUGCUCCCCGGGUGCAGGUGAGCCCAGAGCGGACGGAGGUGCAGGAGGGCUCCACGGUGCGGCUCUACUGCCGCGUCUCGGGAUCACCCCCUGCCACCAUCACCUGGGAGAAGCAGGGAGGCCCCCUACCGCCACAGGCGCGUACCGAGCACGCCGACAUCGCCACGUUGGUCAUCCCUGCCGUGACAGCAGCUGAUGGUGGCGUUUAUCUCUGUUUGGGAGGGCCCUGACCCACUUGUGUCCCCCUGCUAUUCCUCCCCGCAGGGGCGGCGCCACCUGUCCGCAUCGAGUCCUCGUCCCCAGCUGUCACCGAGGGACAGACCCUGGACCUGGACUGUGUGGUGGCUGGCUCUGGUGCCGCCACCGUCACUUGGUACAAGCGUGGUGGCUCCCUGCCCGCUGGCCACCAGGUUUCGGGGUCCCGGCUCCGUGUCCCCCACGUCACGGCAGGCGAAAAAACCAGCGUGGUACCUCCCACCCGGGAGGCGUCCGUCAUUGUUACUGUCGUGGCGGCAUCUGGCUCAUCCUAUGGGUCACCAGCUUCAGGUGUCCCUGUCCGCAUUGAGGCGUCAUCGUCCACCGUGGCUGAGGGACAGAGUCUGGACCUCAACUGCUGGGUGGCCGGGCAGGGACAGGCCACUGUCACCUGGUACAAGCGCGGAGGGGCCCUCCCGGCCAAGCACCAGGUGUCUGGCUCCCGGCUGCGGCUCACUAAGCUGUGUCUCGCAUGGCUGUGCUGGCGGGGCUCUUCUGUGGUCACUGGUGUCACCCUCUUGUCCUCAGCCCCAGCCCCUGGCAGCACGACUCCCCUGCGCAUUGAGUCCCCGUCCUCUGCUGUGGCCGAGGGCCAGACCCUGGACCUCAACUGUGUCAUUGCCAGCCCCACACAAGCCACUGUUACCUGGUACAAGCGUGGGGGGUCCCUGCCCGCCAAGCACCAGGUGUCCGGCUCCCGGCUGCGGCUGCUGCAGGUGACAGCAGCUGACUCGGGCGAGUACGUGUGCCGGGUGACCAGCGGAGCCACCACUAAGGAGACCUCCAUCAUGGUGACCAUCCAGCCCAGUGGGGCCAGUGCUUCCUCCAUUGGUGUCACGCCUCCCCUGCGCAUUGAGUCCUCAUCCUCCUCCGUGGCUGAGGGACAGAGCCUGGACCUCAACUGCGUAGUGGCCGGGCAUGGACAGGCCACCGUCACCUGGUACAAGCGUGGGGGUCCCCUUCCAGCCAAGCACCAGGUGUCGGGUUCCCGCCUGCGCAUCCCCCAGGUGACAGCAGCCGAUUCAGGGGAGUAUGUGUGCCGGGUCACAUCCGGCAGCGUCACCCAUGAGACAUCCCUCAUUGUCACCAUCCAGACCGGUGUCGGCUCCUCUUAUGCUGUUGGCGUCACCCCUCCAGUGAGGAUUGAGACCUCGUCCGCGGCUGUCACCGAGGGACAGACCCUGGACCUCAACUGCAUGGUGGCAGGACAGGGCCACCCCCAUGUCACCUGGUACCGGCGUGGGGGGGCUCUGCCCCCCAACAGCCAGGUGGCAGGGACCCGCCUGCGCCUCGCCCAGGUGGCAGUGGCCGAUUCGGGGGAGUACGUGUGCCGGGUGACCCUGGGGACUGUCACACAGGAGGCGUCCGUCAUCGUCACCGUACCCGCCAGCGCCGGCACCUAUUACUCCCCUGGCGCCUCCCAGCCCCCCCGCAUUGAGUCCUCGUCCUCGGCCAUUGCGGAGGGACAGAUCCUGGACCUCAACUGCGUGGUGGCCGGGUCCGGCCCCACCACAGUGACAUGGUACAAGCGCGGUGGAUCCCUGCCCACCAGCCACCAGGUGUCAGGCACCCGCCUGCGCAUCCCCCAGGUGACAGCAGCCGACUCGGGGGAGUACGUGUGCCGGGUGACAUCAGGGGGUGUCACACAGGAGACGUCCCUCAUUGUCACCAUUGAUGAUGGAGCCAACCCAUCCCACUCUGCUGGCAUCACCCCCCCAAUCCGCAUCGAGUCUUCAGCGUCCACUAUCACCGAGGGACAGACCCUGGACCUGGACUGCGUGGUGGCUGGCCAAGGACAGGCCACCAUCACCUGGUACAAGCGUGGCGGGUCCCUCCCAGCCAAGCACCAAGUUUCGGGGUCCCACCUGCGGCUGUCGCAGCUGUCGGUGGCCGAUUCAGGGGAGUACGUGUGCCGGGCAGACAUGGGCAGCGUCUCCCGUGAGGCCACUGUCACUGUCACUGUCACCUCCCGUGACAGCUCCAGCUACCGUCUGCAGAGCCCCAUCAUCUCCAUCGACCCGCACAGCAUGGCGGUGGCACCAGGUGAGGAUGCCACCUUCAAGUGCCGCAUUCAUGAUGGUGCCCAGCCUGUCAAUGUCACUUGGCGGAUGGGACCUGGCCAACAUUUCCAAGACAAUGUGAAGAUCAGCACCAAUGGCUCCGUCAUCUCCAUCACUGGCGCCCAUGUGGGCAACCAGGGUGCCUACCACUGCGUGGCCGCCAACCGCUUCGGUGUCGCCAGCAGCGUCGUCAACCAUGGGCUGGGGUGUGCCCCCACAGUGUCAGUGAUGCCGCCGGGCCCCGUGACAGUGAGGGAGGGCAAAUCCAUCAGCCUGGAGUGCCUUGGCCGGGGCGAACCGCGGCCGCUGGUGCGCUGGAGCCGGCUGGGCUCCCGGCAGAAGGUGGAGCACCAGACACUGCUGCACAUGGACAGCCAAGCCAUCUUGCAGCUCUCGCCGGCCAAGCUGGAGCACGCCGGGACCUACGUCUGCACGGCACACAGCGCCCUGGGCUCAGCACAAGCCCGGGUGGAUGUCAACGUGGAGACGACGCAGCGGCACCCCGGCGCCCCUGAGGUCACCGUGCCGCCUGCCGUCACUGUGGUGGCUGGGGACAACGCCACGCUGCACUGCACAGCCAGAGGUGAGCCAGCGCCCCGCAUUGAGUGGUCAAAGCUGAGGGCGCCCCUGCCCUGGCAGCACCGGGUGGUGAACGGCAGCUUGGUGAUCCCCCGCGCCGCGCAGCAGGACUCGGGCCAGUACAUCUGCAAUGCCAGCAACCCCGCUGGCUCCGCCGAGGCCUUUGUCACCCUCGAUGUGGAGACACCGCCGUACGCCACCAGCCUGCCAGACGAGUCCACAGUGCGUGCUGGAGACGCGCUGCAGGUGCAGUGCGUGGCCCAUGGCACCCCACCGCUGCUCUAUGCCUGGGACAAGGUCAACGGCAGCUUCUCAGCACGCGUCAUGCACCGCGCUGGCCUCCUCCGCAUCAGCCCGGUGUUGCCUGCCGACGCUGGCACCUACCGCUGCCUUGUCACCAACCGUGUCGGCACCGCUGAGACCUUUGCCCGUGUAGUUGUCCAUGGUGACUCUGGUGAUGGUGGGGACAGCAGUAGUGGUCCCUUGACUGUCCGGGUGACACCGGGGAGCCUUGUCAAGGGGGUAGGCAGCACCGCCGAAUUUGCCUGCGCCAUUUUGGGAGACCCCCGGGCACGUCUGGAGUGGCUGAAGGAUGGCGGGGAGCUGCCCCCCACCCACAGUGUGCGAGAUGGGGUGCUGCGGCUGCCAGAGCUGGCAUGGGGGGCACAGGGGGUCUACGUGUGCCGGGCCAGUGCCCCGGGCGCGCAGGCGGAGGACAGGGCCACCCUCACUGUCCAAGCUCUCCCCAGGGCCCUGAUCAACAUCCGGACGGCGGUGCAGACAGUGCUGGCAGGGACGACGGUAGAGCUGGAGUGUCUGGGCUUGGGUGAACCCCGUCCCCAUGUCACCUGGAGCAAAGUGGGGGGCCGCAUCCGCCCCGGGGUGCUGGUGCGCGCCGGCACUCUCACCAUUGAGCGGGUGGAGCGGGCGGAUGCCGGGCAGUACCGCUGCACUGCCACCAAUGCUGUGGGCACCGUCCAGUCCCACGUUAUCCUCCACGUGCAAGCCGCCCCCCAAAUCGCUGGACAGCCAGAGGUGAAGGAAGUCUCUGUGGGGUCGACUGCCAUAUUGCCUUGCUUGGCAUCUGGCUUCCCGGUGCCAGAGAUCACCUGGAGCAAGCUGGAGGGGGAGCUGCCGGCGGGUGCCCAGGUGGAGGGGAAUGUUCUGACGCUGCCGGCUGUGCACCAUGAGGAUGCUGGCGUCUACGCCUGCGCCGCCACCAACCACCGCGGCCAGGAGACGGCCUACUACGUCCUCAGGGUGCGAGACCGCCUGGUCCCUUAUUUUGGGCAGACGCCCCACUCCUUCCUCCCCCUGCCUACCAUCAAGGAUGCCUACAAGAGGUUUGAGAUCCUUAUCACCUUCCGACCUGAUGCUGCUGACGGGCUCCUUCUCUACAACGGGCAGCGAAAAAACAGCGGCGCUGACUUCAUCUCCUUCGGUUUGGUGGGUGGGCGCCCCGAAUUUAGAUUUGACGCCGGUUCAGGCAUGGCCACUAUCCGGCACCCGACAUCGCUGCAUUUGGGCGAGUACCACAGCGUCCGCCUGCUCCGCAACCUCACCUGGGGGUCGCUGGCUCUGGAUGGACACCCCCCAGUCAAUGGAACCUCCCAGGGGAAGUUUCAGGGGCUGGACCUGAACGAGGAGCUGUACCUGGGGGGUUACCCCGAUUUCGAUGCCGUGGCCAAGACAGGGCUGAGCCGUGGAUUCAUGGGCUGUGUGCGCCAGCUCCGCAUCCAAGGGGAAGAGGUGGCUUUUGGGGACAUGGACCUGCAGGCGCACGGUGUCACCAAUUGUCCCACCUGCCAGGACCGGCCAUGCCAGAACGGCGGCGUCUGCCAGGAUGCCGAGAGUGGCACCUACGUUUUCACCGGCAGCAACUGCGAGUACCCACGUGCUCUACAUUGUCACCCAGAGGCGUGCGGGGCUGAUGCCACCUGCAUCAACCGGGCAGAUGGGCAAGGCUACACCUGCCGCUGCCACCUGGGCAAGACCGGGGAGCGCUGCACUGAGGGCGAGGCGGUGACCGUGCCGUCCUUCAAUGAGGAGGGUGCCUUUGUGUCCUACCCGCCCCUCACCAACGUCCACCACGAGCUGCGGCUGGAGGCUGAGUUCCUGCCCCUGGCCCCCAAUGGUCUCCUGCUCUUCAGCGCUGGCAAAGCCGCCCCCGUUGAGGACUUCGUUGCCUUGGCCAUGAUCGGUGGCCACCUCGAGUUCAGCUAUGAGCUGGGCUCAGGCACUGCAGUGCUGCGCAGUGUUGAGCCAGUGGCGCUGGGCCGGUGGCACCGGGUGACAGCCGAGCGGGUGCACAAGGACGGGACAAUGGUGGUGGAUGCGGCCCCCCCAGUCAAACGCUCCUCACCCGGCAAGAGCCAAGGCCUCAACCUGCGUGGGCCCUUCUACCUGGGGGGCACCGAACCCCCCCUGCGUCCCCCCACCAAUGCCUCCUUCCGGGGCUGCAUCGCAGAGGUGGCUGUCAACGGGAAAAAGGUGGAUUUGAGGGAGAGCUUCCUGCGGGCGUGGGGCGUGGGGCAGUGCGGGCCCCCAUCGGCCUGUGCACCCACCACCUGCCUGGAUGGGGGGCACUGCCUGAGCUCCCCCUGGCACUGCCGCUGCCCCCCUGGCUAUGGCGGGCUGCGCUGUGAGCGAGAGGAGGACGACGGUGAUGAUGGCUGCCGACGCCACAACCCCUGCCUGCACGGGGGCACCGCAAAGGGGGGCCCUUGCAAGGGGGGCCCCUGCCUCUGCCCACAGGGCUACACCGGGGCCCGCUGCCAGCACAGUGUGGCGCUGACAGAGCUGGAGCAGGACUGGCAGGAUGGCAGCGGGGGCGGUGAUGCCCCCGGACAGUUCAGUGCCGCGUUUCGGGAUGGUUCCUACCUGGCCCUGCCCGGGUACCUCUUUCCCCGUGG